AUGAGGCAAACAUAUUCUGUGGGUAUUACUGUUGCAAAAGCAUGGAGGGCUAAGCUAAUUGCCAAGAAGAUAAUUGAAGGUGAUGCUGACAAUCAGUAUGCUUCCAUAUGGAGGUAUGCAGAAGAACUAAGAAGGGUAAACCAUGGCAACACUGUGAAGAUAAAUGUAGAAAGACCUAGUCCAUCCAUACAACCAAGGUUUGGGUCAUUUUAUUUCUGUUUUGAUGGCUGUAAGAAAGGCUUUAUUCAUGGAUGCAGACCAUUUGUGGGGGUUGAUGGAUGUCACUUAAAGACCAAGUAUGGUGGACAGUUACUUAUUGCUGUAGGCAGGGAUGCUAAUGAUCAAUACUUCCCUUUGGCAUUUGGUGUGGUUGAAAAUGAAACAAAGGAGAGUUGGAGAUGGUUUAUACAACUACUAAUGGAGGACAUUGGUCAGGAUAGAAGAUAUGUAUUUAUCUCUGAUCAACAGAAGGGACUUGUGGCUGUAUUUGAAGAAUUGUCUGAUACUAUUGAGCAUAGAUUAUGUCUUAGGCACUUGUAUGCUAAUUUCAAGAAAAGGUUUGGUGGAGGAGCCCUUAUUAGAGAUUUAAUGAUGGGAGCUGCUAAAGCCACAUACUAUCAGGCAUGGGUCCAAAAGAUGAAUGAAUUGAAGAAUGCAGAUCCCAAUGCUUGGACUUGGUUGAUGGCUGUUCCUACCAAAAGCUGGUGUAAGCAUGCCUUUUCUUUUUACCCUAAAUGUGAUACAUUGAUGAAUAAUAUCUCAGAGUCUUUUAAUGCUACCAUUCUAGCUGCUAGGGACAAACCUAUACUCACAAUGUGUGAGUGGAUAAGAAAAUAUCUGAUGAAUAGGUUAUCCACCUCUGCAAGUAAACUAGAAAAUUGGCCACAUAAGGUGAUGCCAAUACCUAGGAGAAGGUUAGAUAAUGAGGUGUUCAAUAGUGGUCAUUGGUUGCCAACAUGGUCAAUUGCUGAGACUUUUCAGGUUACACAUAGUUACAACACACAUGAAUUUAUUGUUGACAUUGCUAAAAGGUCAUGUAGUUGUAAUUUUUGGGAAUUAGUAGGAAUUCCAUGUAGGCAUGCUGUAGCUGCUCUGAGUUAUAGAAAGCAAAACCCUGAUGAAUUUGUUGAUGCUUGUUACACAAGAGAAAAGUUUGCACUAUGUUAUGGAUUUUCAGUAAGUCCAAUCAAUGGUCAAGAUAUGUGGCCAGAAGUUGAGAUGGAACCACCUCUACCACCUGCAUAUAAAAAUGGUCCUGGUAGACCUAAGAAGAUUAGGAUAAGAGAAAGUGGAGAGGAUGGUGCAAGGAAGAGAAGAUCUGGUGUUGCAUAUAAGUGCACCAAAUGUGAUAAUUUUGGUCACAAUGCUAUGACUUGUAAGGCUACCACUCAGGAUCCCAAUGCACUUAAAAGAAAGAGAAAACCUAAAAAAGGACAUGUGCCAACUGCAACUGAUAUGCCAACUGCAAAUGAUAUGCCUGCCCCAACUGCAACUGAUAUGACUGUUCCAACAAAUGUGCCUGUUCCAACUGAUCCACAGCCUCCAACUGAUAUGCCUGUUCCAACUAUUAUGAGUCAAACAGGAUCUAGUGUGGCUGCCUCAAUCACAAAACAAUCCAGAAAAAGGGUUGAAAAAAAACCUAUCAUCAAAAGAAGGCAAAGACCUAAAGAAAAAGCCAAAGUAUUUAAUUACAUUCACCUUGAAUUCUGCACUGAAAAAUUUUCUGAUGAUUUUGCAAUUUUGCUCUUUCAUUAUGAUAUAACUUUUUUCUGUCAUUAUUGGUAG